GUUUAAAAUACACGCCAUCGUAAAUACAAAUUGGAAGGUUCACGUUCUUAAGCCAUGGCACUCUUUCCAGCUUUCGCAGGAUUGUCAAGUGGAAAUUCAAAUAAUGAAAAACAAUCUAAAGAAUUGGAUUGGUUGAACAAUCAGAGUUUCAGCACCGAUGAUGCCCUGAGCCUCCAUCAGCGAGCCGUUGAGCUAGCUGAGCCGGGGUCACAGACCUCUGAAAUCAGUUUUCCUGCUGUCCAAAAGCAGAGGCACAGAAAGGAGGAUGAAGAAGAUCUCAAGGCAAAGAAACGGAAAAAGAAGGAAAAGAAGAAGAAGGAGAAGAAACACAAAAAGAGGAGCAGAGCGGCAUCGGAAAGCAGUGGCUGUGACUCGGACACCGUGUAUCCCAGUGACCUCUUGAAACAGGCUACAGACCCCUGCAGGCAGGAGGAGGAGGAGUGCGUUUCUGGCUCCUUCGUCUGGCUGGACGACCUCCAGACCCCCACCGACCGGCCAUUCUGCAUCGACAGGAAAGCGGACUCUGCCAACUGGGAAUACAAGUCCCUCUACAGAGCAGAUAUCGCCAGGUACAGACGGAAAGGGAGCUCUGCCCUCGGACUGAACCCAAAGACCCAGAGUGUGAGCUGGGUGGAGCCCGGCUCAGAGAAGAAGGCAGACAGGAAGACUGACAGAAGGCCGGAGAGAUACUACUCCCGCGGGGCCCGCCAGCUGCUCAGCUCCAGGGGCCUCCCUGCCCGGCCUGGCCUCCCGGGGCCCGAGGCGAGCAUAGUCCCUGCCCACUUCAUUCCAGUCCCUCCCUGCACCGAGCAGGAGGGGCAAGCCAUCCCCCAAGGCACCUCCUGGGUCAACCCCCUGGGGGUGUACGACCCCUCCACCUCCCUGUGGCUCCAGGGCAAGGGCCCGGCGGAGCAUGAGAAGCAGCAGGAAGCGGGGCCCCCAGGGGCCGGCGGGGCCGGCAGCGCCUGUUCCCAGCUCGCUGUCCGAGUGGAGCACUUCAACAGGAGGCUGAGGGAGAACCCCACCGACACUCCUACCUGGCUGGAGUUUGUACGCUUCCAGGAUGAGCUGACGGGCGGUGCAGGGUCCUUCACGGGUCUGGAAGGCGAGCCGGACGGACGCAGGAAGUCCCUGAGGAUGACCCUGGAGAAGAAGGUGUCCAUCCUGGAGAGGGCGCUGGAGAGCAACCCCACCAGCGUGGAGCUGAAGCUGGCCCGGCUGACGCUGUGCCAGGAGCUGUGGGAGCCGGCGACCCUGCUGAAGGAGUGGAAGAAGCUGGUCUUCCUGCACCCCAACGACGCCCCGCUCUGGAGGAGGUACCUGCUCUUCACCCAGAGCCAGUUCAGCACCUUCACCGUGUCCAAGGUCAAUGCCGUCUACGGGAAGUGUCUGAGCACGCUGGCGUCCGUGCAGGACGGCAGCAUGCUCUCCCACCCCGCCCAGCCCGGCACCGAGGAGGCCAUGCUAGAGAUCUUCCUCCAGCAGUGCCACUUCCUGCGGCAGGCGGGGCACUCGGAGAAGGCCGUCUCACUCUUCCAGGCCAUGCUGGACUUCACCUUCUUCAAGCCCGACAGUGUGAGAGAGCUCCCCACCAGACAGCAGGUGGAGUUCUUUGAGCCCUUCUGGGACAGUGGGGAACCCCGGAUUGGAGAGAAGGGGGCUCGGGGCUGGAAGGCCUGGAUGCACCAGCAGGAGAGAGGGGGCUGGCUGGUGCCCAAUGACCCAGAAGACGAUGAUGACGAUGAGGAAGACUCUUCUGAGGUGAAGGAUAAGAGCUGGCCCAAGUGGCGGAUAUGGUUGGACGUGGAGGCAUCCCGCGAGAGCAAUCAUUGGUUGCCUUGGAGACCGGACAAGUCCAAGGGCCAGACAGAAGAGGACUGUGAGGAUCCUGACAGACAGGUCCUGUUCGAUGACCUUGGCCCGUCCAUGAUCCGGCUCUGCUCCCCAGAGCUCAGGUUCCAGCUGGUGGGCUCCUUCCUCCAGUUCCUGGGCCUGCCCGGGGAGGGCUGGUACCAGGGGCCGUCCUGGAGCUGCCUGCUGGACAACACAUCCCUGCUGGAGGAGGGCCCAGACGCGGAGCGGCCCCUGACCUCCAGCCUCCUCCGCCAUACCGGGGUCGGCCCCGUGGGUCACAUGACCCCGCUUGGCAGCGCCAGGAGGCAGACGGGUCUGUGCAAGGAGGGGGAGGAGUUUGUGCAGCUCGUCCUGCAGCAGGUCACACCCCUGUGCUCCUCGCGGGAGAAAGCGCUUCUCUCUCUCUACUGGAUACAGUACGAGAAGCUCAAGGUGAUGAAGUGUGUCCAGAGCAGAAAUAAGAAGCGACUGAAGUCUCAGGGAAAGAGGAGUAAAAAGCUGGCCAAGCGCCUGCUGAAGGAGGAGGAGAACCGGGGCAACCUGGCCCUAUGGCGGGAGUACGCCCACCUGGAAUGGCUGCUGGGAAACCUGGAGGAGGGCAGGAAGGUGUUCGACACGGCCAUGGCCCUGGGUGUGGCCCGGGGCCUGAAGGACCCGGAGCUGUGCCGCCUCUGCCUGCUCUAUGCUCAGCUGGAGGCGGAGGAGGCCCGGGGCGGGGCGUCUCCCUGCACCUCCUCCGCGGCGGUGUAUGUUCUGACCAAACUGGCCGAGGGCGGGGCCUACGCCCCCUUUUCCGGCCUGGUGCCCCCGGUGGCCGUCCUGAAGGCGCGGAAGUCCUACGAGCAGGCCGUGCAGGCAGCCCUGGACCGGAAGGCGGGGUCCACGAAUGCUGGGAAAAACGCCCGCGUGGCGGAGCUGGUUGGCUGUUUCGCGCUCUUCCAGUACCUGACCACGGGAGUGGAGGCCGCCACGAGCGUCUUCAGCCAGGCCCUGGAGAGGCUGGAGGGGUCUGGGGCCCCUGAGGACGGGGCCUCCUCUGACUCCAGUGCCUGGGGCCCUCCCUCUGAGCUGGAGUCUCUGUGCGUCAUGCGAGCCCUCCUGCUGCAGCAUCACACCAGCACCAGCGUGUACCCCCUGCGCCAGCUCCGGGAGACCCUCACCACAGCCCUCUCCAGCUUCCCCACCAACCCCCUGCUCUGGCAGCUCUACCUGCGGCUGGAGAAGAGGUUCCACAGCGCCGGGAGGGCGCGUCGCUUCUUCCACACCGUCACCAAGAGCAUCCAGAGCGUCACGCCCCAGCUGUUCGCCAUCUGCGCCGAGCAGAGGAGGAAAGAACUGGUCAACUCGGCAGUGAGGGCUGACUGUUACGGGGAGGUUUUCUCCAGCAUGCCGGAGAACGGGCUCAGCCACAGGAUCCGGGCUCUGUAUGAGAAAGCCGUGGCCUCUGAGCACGGGGCCCACUGCCCUCUCCUCUGGAGGAUGUACCUCCGCUUCCUGGUAUCAGAGGGGAACUUGGAGAGAGGUAGCGGCAUCUUGUACAAAGCCCUUCAGGAAAUCCCGUGGGUGAAGGGCCUGUACAUGGACGCGGUGCAGCUCUUCCCCGACCGCGUGCAGGAGUUCCUGGACCUGAUGACAGAGAAGGAGCUGAGACUGCGGGUGCCCAUGGAGGAGGUGGACAUCCUGCUGGAGGACUGAGGCCCUGGUCUGGCCCCGGUCACAGUUCUGGGGCCCUGAAACGCCUAUGGCCCUCAAAAUCAUGCGUGAAAAAAGACUAGCUUUUAUUGGGAGAGGUUUUGUUUUGUAUAUCUGAAAGAAUGAUGUGUAGUUUAUGUGUAUAUAUUAAAGUAUAUUUUGCCUACCUCUUGGAAUAUUCUGUAAAUAACCUUUGUCUAUUAAAAGCAAUGUCUUUCUGUAA